AUGGAUUCUGUCCAGGAUAUUGCCUAUGCUGAAAAAGACAUGGCAUCCAUCCUCAGCACUGAACCUCAUAAAUCAGACGCCGUAUGGCUCUCCUGGUACUGGACUCAGUGGAAGACUGAGCGUGUUGCCAUUGAUAGCAGUGGACAGACUUGGGAAGCAGUGGGUUUAAGGCUGAGAGUCAUGAGCCCCGAAUUUACUAGCACUAACAGGGCAACUAAGAACUAUUUUGUUGCAAGGGUAAAUGGUAGUGGGAGUCGAAAGAGCUGGAAAAGUCACAGUAGAUAUGGGAGAUUUGUGAGCAGCGUCUGGGGAAGUGGAACCCUAGGAGCAAAUCAUCACCACCACCGUCAUCGUCACUGCCGCGGCGAUCGCGAAGCUCUGUGUGAAGAGACAGCGGAGAAACAUGAACGAGCUCAUGCGGGAGCGAGAGCACUAGAUGGCAGCAUAGGACAUCUAUUGGGCCGUCUCUCUCCACAGGCUGCUGGAAUUUUGACAGAUACAAAACGAGACACAAAUCUGGCCUCUUCCUUCUUACUCGUCACCUAUAAAAUGGGCCUCUUAGGCCCGAACAAUCAGCCUGCAGGUCUGGGCUCAGUACACACUGUCAUCUUGUUCUCUUUAGUUGGAGCUGAUUCAUUUUCUUGGUUAGAGCAGGCUGCUGUCUGAGACACCAAGGACGUGAACUUGAUUCCCGCAAUGGCCAAAUGGUGUGCUGCACAGAAGAAGACAAAAGCACUGCUGAGACUAUACAUGGCAUCUUGUCUACAAAAUUAAUAAUGUGAAGCCAAUUAAGAAGACACGUCUUCAAGACAUCAGGACAUUUUAGAGCCAGUCAGGCUUAACUACCUCAAUUGUCAAGUAAUCAGCUGUAUGUUUCCCCAUUUCCCUGAAGUUGAACGGUUUCAGAAA